GAUUUCUCUCUUUCAGACUGAUAAGCGGAAGAUCUUAAAGCUCGGAAGUUGCAGCCGCAGUGCGCAAUAACUCCCAUCUCUCCCUCUCUCCCUCUCUCCCUCUCUCCCUUCGUUUUAAUGGAUUCUCAUUGCUGUUCAGUUUCAAUUUUUGUUUGGAAAAGCCUGUGAAGUACGAGCACGAGACACGGAUGCAAGGUGAGGUGAUAGGGCAAAUUUCCGAAAAAUAGGUUAGUAAGUAUAUCUAUCUUUUGCUGAUACAGAAAGUCUUCCAAAUCUCUCUCUCUCAAUAUGUAAUUAAGUCAUUAGAAAUUUUGUCAAUGCUUAGAGUUACAGACAUUUAAAACCAUCUAUUUAUGCAGUUUUGUUCCAAUAUACUUAAUCCAUGUUUAGCAACUACUCUUCUUUUGUUUUAACCAUACAUUUCUUUGCCGAGUCUGAGAGCAGCCAUCGUCAUCCUUUGCCUGUGUUCAGUUUGGGUCUGCUAUACGUAUAAAUUCUUUUCUUUUCUCAUUCUUUCUUACUCCAUAUUAUAAACCUUCUCUCUUUCGAUAUUUAAUUUUUUAAAAAUGAUACAUCCGAGAUACUGAGGUGUUUCAUGAGUGAUCCCAUGGUGGGACCCACACCCCCAAUUUCCCGUUAAAUCUUUAAUUACUUUAUUCGGUAUAAGUUUAAGUUGGCCUUUCUUACCAUCUAGUCAAACAACCCUAUCUCUUUAAUGGUUGGUCUACUUUGCUCCUGAACAUACCACCUAAGCCUACUUUUUUUAAUUUUAUCACCAAAAGGAGCUACUUCCCAUCAGUUAUUAAUUAAUAAUCCCAUCUCUUCUAGUUACACGCCAUCCAGCAUGACAAUCUCUUUUUCCCUGUAUGAGAUGUGUUAUUCUUGUUUUGACAUCCUCUUUUUCGCUAUAUGAAUAUGUUAUUCUUGUUUCAUUUUCAACGCCUAGCAUAACAUAGCUGUCCUAAUAACCAUAGUAUAAAAUUACCUUUUAAUUUAUUUGAGAGCAGACUUUAUACUAAAAAUAAUAUCUCCAUGGUUAGACUGGCACCGAAUAACAUGUCAAUUGCCCUAACAAAGAUUGUCACAAAUUUUGGUUAUAAUCCAUGAAUGGGAGGUAGAAAAUUCCUGUCUUUUAUGCAUAACAGGAUGGAAGAGGUGCUCUUGGUAUCAGAAACAAAAGAAACAAGUGAGUUGAAAGUCAGAGUCUGGGUGGAAUCAAAGAAAUUGUGGAGAGUUGCAUUUCCUUCUAUGCUAACAAGAGUGAGUGCAUAUGGGAUUUUGGUGGUGACACAGGCUUUUAUGGGACAUAUUGGCGAAACACAGCUUGCUGCAUAUGCGCUUAUACAAAUACUUGGACUCCGGUUUGCAAACGGAGUAGUGUUAGGCAUGUCAAGUGCAACAGAGACUCUGUGUGGGCAAGCAUUUGGGGCAGGGCAAUAUCACAUGCUGGGUAUCUACCUGCAAAGAUCCUGGAUUGUUAACCUCGCUGUAGCCACACUUUUGGCUCCCUUCUUUGUCUUUGCGGGACCUAUCUUUCGGCUUCUUGGCCAGGACGAAGAUAUAGCAGAAGAGAUAGGGAACAUUUCUUUAUGGUUCAUUCCCAUUAUCUACUACUAUGUGUUUAGCUUAACCAUCCAAAGGUACUUACAAGGACAGCUCAAGAACAUGGUUGUUGGGUGGCUAGGCACUGCUUCAUUCGUACUUCAUGUCUUCCUGUCCUGGCUCUUUGUGAUAAAAUGGAACUGGGGUGUCCCUGGUGCAAUGAGUGCCAUGAUCAUAUCAUGUUGGUUGAUGGUUGUUGGACUGUUUGUAUACAUUUUCGGAGGUUGGUGUUCGGAGACUUGGAGAGGAUUCUCUAAAGCUGCCUUUAUAGACCUCUUACCUGUAAUAAAGCUAUCAAUAUCCUCUGGAGUGAUGGUUUGCUUGGAGUUAUGGUACUACGCUGCCUUGAUCUUAAUCGCAUCAUAUAUGGAAAAUGCAACGAUAGCCAUAUCCGCCUUCUCCAUAUGCCUAAAUAUUAUAGCAUGGGAAUUUAUGGUAUCCUUAGGCUUCCUAGCUGCUGCAAGCGUUCGUGUUUCAAAUGAAUUGGGAAGAGGAAACGGUGAAGCUGCAAAAUUUUCUGUCAAAGUCAUCUCAAUAACUUCAAUUUGUUUUGGAUCGUUCUUUGCAGUUUUAUGCCUUAUUUUUGGUCACAGUAUGUCUUAUUUGUUUACGAGUGAUGAAGAAGUUGCAGAAUCUGUGUCAAGCUUCUCUGUUCUACUUGCUUUCUCAAUCUUGCUCAAUAGUCUUCAGCCCGUGUUCUCUGGGGUGGCUGUAGGUGCUGGUUGGCAAAGUGUGGUUGCUUUUGUUAAUAUUGGUUGCUACUAUAUCAUUGGAAUUCCACUCGGACUUUUGCUUGGUUUUGUUGCUAAUCUGCAAAUUAUGGGUAUAUGGGCCGGAAUGAUAUGUGGAGUGGCAAUACAGACGCUUGUGCUUUCUUACAUGAUCUGGAGAACUAACUGGGAUAAACAGGUGAAUAAGGCAGCAGAUCAUCUCAAUAGGUGGUUAUUGAAACCCCCAGAGGAAAGUAGGGGAAGCUCAACUCAUGCUUGAAGGGACCAAUUCCAUACCAUCUUUUGACCAUUUUUCUUCUCUUUUCUUUUUUGUUUGGUUUGUUUUGUAACAGCCAUUCUUUAGCAUGAUGUCUUGAUAGCUUUUUGACCUUGUCAGUGACAUAAGUAUACAUCAAGUGAGGCAUUUAAAUUUGAACAAUAUUUGGGUCCAAUUCAGAUUGGAUGAAUUUCAUCCAACCUGCUGAUGUGACCUAAUAAAAUUGCGACAAUUGUUAAAAUUAAAUUGGGCAUUGCCCAACUUUUAUUUUUAAACAUGUAUUUUAAAUUUAACUUUUACUUUUGGACACUUGUUUCUAGAUCUAUGACAUAUCAACAAGUUGAAUAAAGUUCAUCCAACUUGAACUGUA